GAAAGCAGCCCCAUGCUGGCCUUCUCAAAGCCCUGAAGCUCCAGACUGCAGAUUUCCAAGGACAGGGCUGUAGGUGUCUAGUGGGAACUUUCCAGAAAGUCAUGGCUUCCUCUUGGGACACCCCCUAUCGGAGAGCUCCGAUGCCUGAGACGGUGGUGAAAAUUAUCGGGAGUAAACAUUACCGAUUCCUGGUGGAGAAGCCGAAGACGCAGGUGAAAGAGAACACAACAACUAAAGCUCAGCCUGAGCUAGGGCCAUUGGUACCCCAUCAUGGAAGGCAAUUUGGGGAAAAUCUGCCAGCUCUCAACAGUCUUGCUGAUCCCAAAGUCAAGUUCCACCCUGGUUCCAGAGAGCAGAAUAAAGGUGGAAAGGAAGAAGACAAAUCUACUCUCCUAGGAGCAGGCAGCAGUAGUCUUGGUCUGAAGUCAAGUGAAGAUGAGUCCCUUCUGGCCAUGGUUGAAAGAGAAUUCAUGGUGCAUCCCCCAAGUCCAAAUUUGCUGGACAACCUGGAAAAGGAAUUGAAGGUCUUGGAUCCCAUCUCUUCGGGACUUCUUCUUCAAUCCCAACUGAGUCGACUGCUCGUAAAGCAUGAGGUCCCUCUUCAGCUGCCCACUGUCAAGUUCCUUUUCCAGAGGUUCACCCAGAGCAGAUACUCAGAACUGAUCAAUUAUAAAAAGCUGCUGUGGUUUUUAAAGUUAGCAGCCUUGAAUGAAACUAAAAGGAGUGAGCCCCCGGCUGAUGAUAGCCCAGGAAAAAAGGAGGAAAUCAACGAUCUUGGCCCAAGCUCAUCUUCUGAAGCCAAUGAUAACCUAAUUGUGCUUCUCAGGAGUGCCCUAGAGACAUCCAAGGAGAAAUUCAAUAUUGAAAACUUUCACUUGAGUUUUCAAAAAGAAGACCAGCCCUUCUCUGGAUGCCUGCCAGCCUCCAAGAUCAAGACUGUUUGUGAGCAACAUGGUCUUAUCUUGUCCCCACAACUGAUGGAAGCUUUGUGUAGCCACCAGGAAUUGAAUGUACAAGAUGGAAUUAAAUGGCAAAAACUGAUGGAGUUCUUGGUCAAAGCUUUGGACAAGGCUUCUCCUUUGCCGAAACCUACAGGAACAAAGAAAGAGGAAGUUCCAUCUAUUGCUGCAGCUACUAAAAGUUCGGAGGAAGCUCAGAACCCCACAGAAAAUCUUAAACACCCAGAAGACGGGGAGGCGCCCCCCGCAAAUCCUGCUUCGGAGACGAGGGCCACGGGAGAGAGCCAGGCCAGCAGGAAGAUCCGACCGGUGUCCCAGCCAUCUCUGAGCCAACUGGGGAACGAUGAGGCCCAGCGGGAGACGUGGAUGGACCGGUUCCGAAAGCUAGAAAAUGCCCUCUACUUGUGUGAUGUGAACAAUACAGGGACACGCUUUCCUCAGUCUGAGGAAGGGAGAGACGAAGCCUUCCCAAGGAGAUGCGGCCGGCGUAGGCAUCCUGGGCGGGCCUCUUAUGGCCUUCGUGUCUCAGAUCGACCCCCUUUUACCGAAUGACAUGAAGGUGGGGAGGCUUUAUUUGGUUGGGUGAGAAUCGAAUCAGGACUGUCACCAACCAGUCCAUCCAUUUUCUCACUGUGUGACCUGAAAUCUCUGGGUCUCAGUUUCCUUUUCUGUAAAUAAGGAGAGGGGAUGUAGACUAGAUGCUCUCUUAAGGUGCUCUCCAGCUAUUAUUCAAGUAGACCUUGUUCUAUGUUCUGAUAUUCUAUGAUCUAAAAAUGAUAUAACCAACAUUCCCUGUUCUAAGGUUCUAAUGUUUUCUGUUCUAAGGUCCCUCCCAGCUCUGAUGUUCUGUGUACUAAGACCCCUCCUAGUUCUGUCAUUCAUUGUUGUGAGAUCCCUUUAAAUUCUAACAUUUCUAUUCUUUAACUUUCCUUCCACCUCUAACAUUCUCUGUUCUGUGUUCUGGAAAUCCAUAUUCUAAGGAACAGUCCAUUUUUAACAUUUUGUGUUUUCCCUCUAACUAUCUAUGUUAUAAGGUCCAAUGAAGUUCUAACAUGCCAUGUUCUAAGCCUGUAUGUUCUAUGUCCUAACAUUCUAAGGUCUCUUCCAGUUUUGACAAUCUGUGAUUCUGUAGAGGACUCGAUGCAGUUUUCCAGAAUCAUGCAAAGAACUUGACACACAGUAGGUGCUUAAUAAAAUACUGAUUGGCUGUUUACUUUAUCCCAAAUUCCCUUCCCGUUCUAUCAUGAAAUGAAGGCGCUAUAUUCUAACAUUGCAUGUUCUAGGGUCCAUUUCUAUUCUAAUAUUCCAUGUUCUCUUUUUUUCUGUAAACUAUCCUCUUAAGGACAGGAUAUAAGUUGCACAUAACUAUGUGAGUGUGGGCAAAUUAUUAAACCUUUUUAAGGAUCAGCUUUCUCAUUUAUAAAAUGACCACAAUAACCUUGGUAGUACAGAGGUAAAACCCCUGUAGUUCCCUUCCUCACAGAGUUGUUGUGACUCCAAUGCAUAGAUAUGCUCUGUAAGCUUGAAAGCCUGAGAUUUAUUCCUGUCAUCAUCAGGAGGGCAUUGAUGGAGAUCUUUUCUCCAUCUCUGUUCCAGGAUUCACUUGAGCUUGUAUUUAGUGAAGGUUCUCAGGGCUCUUGCCCAUUUGAGGAAUCUCUUUGCCUAGCUGAGGUACUCUUCACACAAAAUAGCUGGUUCUGACAUUCACUUCUCAUUAUCAUGGAUCAAAUUAUAUUAUAGGAACCACAGUAUCUCCAUAAUAUGAGACAGUGACAGAAAGAAGUGCUUUAGAGAGUUCAGACUAUAAAAUAGGGACUACCUCCUUCAGAAAAGUAUAGUAACUGAAACAGUUCUUGAAAAAGCAUUCUAAGGUGUCUUCCAGUUCUAACAAUCUGUGAUUCUGUAGGGGACUUAUGCUGUUUUCUAGAACCAAUCAAAUGAUCUGGUACACUGUAGGUACUUAAUAAAUGCUGAUUGGCUGAUUGACUUAUUCUAAUGCAACCCAACUCCCCAGCCCAAGAGUCCAACUUUAUCAAACUGAUGGAAAGAUAAGUGUGCCUGAUGGACAAAUAUAUAUAAUUUCACUGGAUAAUUACAGCUGUUUAAUUGUAUAUAGACCCACAUUCUAAUUCAGCCACAGACAUUUACCAAUAGGAUGGCCUUUCCUUUCCUUACCUGUAAAAUUGGAAUAACAAUGGCCUAGAGCUACUCAUUAGGUUGUAAAUGAGAUAGUUUAGGGGAAAUAUUUUAUGGCUAUUAAUGCAAAUUAAUCCUCUAAUCUCCUCCCCCAAUAAAGAAUGGAUUACCUAUUAUUUGCAGAGUAGCUGAAGCUAGGGAGACUGAAGGAAUUCAUCCAUGGAUGGAAAGAUCUAGCUUCAUAUUAAGCAUAUUAAAAAUAUUACUAAUAAAUGCCUCAUAUUGUACCAUGUCCCACAGUCCCCAAAAUCUAUUUAGUGCCUACUAUGUCCACUGUCUCUAUCACCUUGAUUUCUGAGCACAUUUAAAGAGAUUUGAAUGAUCAUGGAAUUUAGAACUGGGCCUUGAAGACCAUCCAAUCCCAUCCCCUCAUUUUAUAGAUGACAAUAUGGAAGUCCAAGGGGGAAAUGACUUUCACAGCUGAGAAUGGAACCGAAUUCAGUUUAAAACUGAUGUUUAUAACCUGGAUGAUCUUGGACCAGUCACUUAAUCUCUAGGGAUUAAGUUCUCACAUUGUGAAAUGUUUGGAUUACCUCACCUCAUCUCUGAGUCCUUUCCAAUUAUAACUACAAUUCUGAUGAAUUUUAUGAGUAAUUUAGAACAUAUUAAAUAGAAACUGAUUUUAAUAGACUGUAGUGAGCCUUCUAAUGUUAAACUUUCAGAAAAAAAAUAAGAUUUAAAAACUCUACUUCAAUAAGAAGAAAGGGUCUGCUAUUAUCUAAAAUUUUGGCCACAUUGUAGGUUUCUAAUAAUCAUUGAUGUCUAUGGAGUCAAGCUAUUAAUUAAAUAAGAGCUUUUUUCCAAAAAUCCUUUGUUUUUGUUUUUUGUUUUUUGUUUUUUCUUUGUCACCAUUGAGGUUUCCUUUCUGAGUAUCUCAUGAGCAUGAGCAUGUCUAGUAUCUCAUGAUGUUUUGUAGUUGCUAUGAAACAUGAAUAAACACUUGCUAAGUCAUUA